AUGGGCUUCUUCUGCUGCAUGCAGGAUCCGUCCGAGCACCCGUCUACUCGUGGAUCAGUGGACGUUCAUGCUAGGCCAAAUGGCGAGGAGAAAUUGCCGGCCUACGCUGCAGCGAGCUCUCACUGUACCUACGAUGACACGACGAGCAAGCAGAUCUCCUUCAUCGAGAAGAUCAUCGAAUCACAUUCAUCAGCACUACAAAAGCUAUCGAUGGACAUGUGGAACAAUCCAGAGACCGCCUACAAAGAGUUCAAAACUCGAGACUUGUUCGUCAAGUUCCUCAAGAAACAGAAAGGCUGGCAGGUGACGGCCAAUUGCUAUGACAUCACGCCCGCAUACGAAGCCGUCUUCACGCACAAGCCUACAUCCUCGAUUGGUCAGACUAGGGUCGUUGGCUUCAACUCGGAAAUGGAUGCGCUGCCGGGCGUAGGUCAGGCUUGCGGUCACAACCUCAUUGCGAUCGCCGGCGUAGCUGCAGCGCUAGCAACUGCUCAAUCUCUGGUCAAAUUCGAUCUGCCCGGUCAGGUGCGCUUAUUGGGCACACCCGCCGAGGAAGAUAUUGGCGGCAAGAUCGAUUUAUUGAAAGCGGGCGCAUACAAAUCGAUGGAUGCCUGUCUGAUGGUCCAUCCUGGGCCCAUAGACGGUAUGCUGCCAAUGCUUGCCAUAGCCGAAGGCUCGAUCGAGUAUACCGGAGCGGGAUCACAUGCCGCUGGUGCACCUUGGGAGGGGGUCAAUGCGCUCGAUGCCUGCGUCAUUGCCUAUACAUCUCUGUCUGCGCUUCGGCAGCAGAUCAAGCCGAGUCAGAGGAUACACUGCAUCCUCAAAGGCAGCGAAGACUUUGUGCUCAACAUCAUACCUGCCAAGGCCAGGCUCGUCUUUGCAGCAAGAUCAGAAACGCGAGCAGAACUAGAAAUACUCAAGAAGCGCGUUGUGCAAUGUCUGGAAGCAGCAGCGCUUGCAUCUGGCUGCUCGACGAACAACAGCCUCGUUUGGUCGAUGGACUAUGACGAGCUGCGCAAUUCGCCGCCGCUCGCAAAGGAAUACAUCCGCUAUAUGAGGGAGCGACAGGACUUCAAUUUCCCUGACGAGGGUCCCACGCUAGGCUCGACAGACUUUGGCAACAUUAGCUACGCCUUGCCUGCGCUGCAUCCCAUCUAUUCGAUCCCCAUCGAGCCGGGUCAGGGCAAUCAUACGCCGGGUUUCACGCGCGCCGCGGCUACACCAGAGGCUCACGCGAAAACGCUACGUGCUGCCAAAGGCAUCGCUGCCUCUGGCUGGCGAGUUUUGACGGACCACGCUUUUUCCAAGGAAGUGAAGGAGGCAUUCGAGGAGGAUGAGAGGAAAAGACCAAAUCUUUGA